AUGCAAGGUAAUUUUAUUAUUUUUUGUUCAAAAAACAUUCAACUUUUCAGGUGUUUAUCAUUUUCAAAAUCAACCAGCUGCAUUAUUCGGAAAUAUUGAUGAAGAAUCUGAAAAGAAUCGAUAUUGUAAAUUACAUAUUCAAACAUGGGUUUAUAUUCAUUCUGGUGUUAGUAUUUUCAUAUCUCUGAUUGGUAUUUCAAUUGGUAUAUUAUUUCUAUUCAAAACAGAAUGGCAUGAAAAACUAGUAAUGUAUCGAUUGGUUCUUAUUUAUAUUCGACGAGCAAAUGCUGAAAAAUACUGGAUUAUGUAUCGCACAUUUUUUGGUUGUUGGAUAUUAAUUCAUUUCAUACAUAUGAUUACAAUUGUUAUCACGAUUUUCGCAACUCAAAAAUCAAGUACAAUUCUUCUGAAGCCUCAAUUAACUGUCCUAAUUUUACAAGUUGGUCUACUGAUUUUGGCAUUAUCUGGAAUUUUCAUAACGAGUAUUACAUCAAAAUUUACAUGGGAUAUUCUUUCAAUCGUUAUUUUUCAACUGCUUUUUGUAAGGUUAGUUUUUUUUCGGGGCGGAAUUUGAAAUUUGAUUGAGUUUGACUAUGAAAUUUUGAAUUGCAAUGUUUCCAGUUCAAAUCUGAUUCUUCUCACUGAAUAUCACCGUUUUCUUGAUGAAAAAUUGAAAGCAUUGCGGGAACUAUUAUUAGGUCAAGCUAAAACUGUGCAUUUUAAGGAUCAUUCAAGUUCUUCAUAG